CCACCAGCCGUCUGAGGGGUUGGCUUUUAACCUAACUGAUCUUUGAAGGAACACUUGUGAUCAGGAUUGAUAAUACAGUGAACGGCAGAAUGGCCAGUGAUUGCGACACAAAAUCUGUUCUCCAAGAUGUUGUGGCAUUUGUUGAGGUGUGGUCAUCAAACAAGACCGAAAACUAUUCAGUAUCAUUCAUACAGCAGUUGCUUGAUAUGGGUGCCAAAGUUUUAAAGUUCUUCAAUAAGCAAGUGACCCAUGUAGUGUUCAAAGACGGACAUCAGAGUGUUUGGAAAAAGGCCAAGAAAACCGGGGUGAAGUUGGUAUCCGUCCUUUGGGUAGAAAGGUGUCUGGCAACCGGUUCCCAUGUUGACGAAUCCUUGUUUCCUGCAAUUAAUGAAAGUGUAUCUUUACCUGGAAUUAAAAGCAAAUAUCGUUGUAUGAGGCCGAAAGAUUUCCUGGAGAAAACACCAGAAAAUGACAAACGUUUGCGGAAGAAAUUGGAUCAAAUGAUACAAAGUUUAGAUCUGAAAAAAAAUGAUGGAGCUCAACUGCCUAUGCUUUCAUUUGAUGAGGAUGAUGCAGACGUUCAGAGCCCCAAACUGAAGCAAUAUUCCCUCGACCACUUAUUUGGAAUGGCAGAAAGAUUAAAACAAAUGAAGGAGAAAAGAGAAAAUCUUUCACCCACUGCUUCCCAAAUGUCUCAAAUGACAAGUUCUGCUGACUCUCUCUCCAGACCUUCUCUUGGGGAAUCUCCUUCAAUUUCUCCGAAAACAUUAUUUAAAGAACAACAUGGAGCUGAUUCAGAAAACGUCUCAUUUUGUGUUCCUUGUGGAAGUCCUAAACAGAAAAUUGAAACUGCAAUCUGUGAAGGACAGAAGGUUGAGCAUCCUAUGCCUGUUUCUGGUGUUAAUAGUACAAGCUUGUUUUCAUCAAAGAGCAGUUUCAACAACCGAAUACCAAGCACCAUGUCUACAUUAAAGUUUCAAGUACCGAAGAAAAAGGACACUAUAGCUUCAUCCUCUUGUGAGGAAAUGACAAUAGGUUCAAUCCAUGUGAAAACUAAAGAAAAAAGUGCUGAAGAAAGUACAGCAGCUCUGAACUAUGUAACUACAGAUCAGUCAUGUAAUACUGUAUGUAACUUAACACCAUCAUUUGCUAACGUGAAGAAUGUGGAAUUAGCAUUGACAGCUCCCACUGAUGAUGAUUUUAAGGGUAGCUCGUUAUUGAAUGCACAUUUUAAAAAUAAGUCUUCCCAGUGGAUACCAAGUCCUUCUUGGUUGAAGAAAAAUCUGUCUGACUCAGUUAAAAAGGGACAAUUAUGUAAAAAUACAUUUGAUAACUUGAAGCCAAUAGGAAAGGAUAUCUUCAACGCAAAACAAAGCCCUGUAAAUUUAUAUCACACAUCGCCCAGCAGGGAGGAUGUUGCAUUUGAAGAUUUCUUUUCGCCUGCCAAUUUGAAGGGUCAAAGAAAUCAGAAACGGCUUUCUUUAAACUUGCUUCCACCCAAGUCACCAAGUCCUUCCAGGUUAUUUCCUAAAGUUGAAAAGCAAAAGAGAAAAUCACAGAGCGGUUCUACAGCUACAAGAAAAAGAGCCAGAACCGUUUCAGUUUCUAGUCCUGCAGCACAGCACACAGGUCGUACUUACAAUGGAAGUGAAUGUGUUAAGUCAUCUGAGCAUAUUAACAACUGUGAUGAAGAUACUGAUGCCUGCCAACCGCCCAUUGCUUCUCUAAAUUUCCAAGAGAAAUCGAGGAAGACUCGUAUGGUAGAAUUACUUAAGACGUUUCUUGAUCAAUCGGAAGAUUUGACAGAUAUUGGGAAAGAGUCUGAGAAAAAAAACGGUAUUGUAUAUCAGGACAGUGACAAACAAAAGGUUGUGUUCUCUCUGAAAGACACUGCACCCACUAAUUUGUAUGAACAAGUUAAAGAAAUGACAACAGUUUCAAAAUUACACUCUGAAACAAAAAACAGCUCUCUGAAUUCUUUGAAGGUUACUGAUCAGGUGAAUGGGAACCAAAGAGAAAAACAAUUCAACAAAGUGCAAUGCCAAGAACAGGACAGGUUAUCUAAGGACAUCUUAAUAUUGGAAAGCAGUCAUGAAGAAAAUGAAGAUAAGCAUCGUAGUCCAUCCAUCCAAAAUAAUCAUGAGAGACAGUGCAUAACAAAAUCAAUCAACAAGCAGUGCAAUGGGACGCCAAAAAGAAAAGGGAAGAAUAAAAAGCCAACCCGAACGCUGGUCAUGACAAGCAUGCCUUCAGAGAAACAAAUGAUUAUAAUUCAAAUUCUGGGACAGCUAGGUGGAUUUCUGUUCUCAGACGUUGUGUGUGAAACAACAACCCAUGUAGUAGCUGGACAACCAUGUCGUACCAUUAACAUUCUGCUUGGAAUCGCUCGGGGAUGCUGGAUUCUGUCCUUUGACUGGAUUCUUUGGUCCCUAGAGCAUGGGUGCUGGGUUCCUGAAGAACAAUAUGAACUUUCAGACAAGUUUCCUGCAGCUGCUAUCUGCAGAUUGGAAAAACAGUUAUCAGGAGGACAAUAUCAACACAAUUUGUUCGUAAAUCAGCCUCUGAUCUUCAUUUCACCCAGAAGUGAUCCCCCUGCCUCCAAGCUUAAGGAGUUGGUGCUGUUGUGCGGGGGAAAGGUGUGCAAGGCAUUACGCCAAGCUGGGAUGUGCAUUGGAGAAUAUAGGGGAAGGAGGUACCCAGGAAGUCCUUACUUAUCGGAAAAGUGGAUUCUAGAUUGCAUUACCCAACACAGGCUGAUCCCCUUCAAAGACUACACUUUGGGACAGGACGCUGUUGCAGAAACUGCUGCAGAAUCGGGCGGUCUUUUUAAAUCUUCUUGUCUUGUUAAGUCGGGUCCCAGUACGCAGCAGUUUGCAGGAUGGGAUUCCUCAACAAGGAAUCUGAGUCAGGACGCAUUCCGGUAAAAAGAAGUGAGUGCAUCACAACGAACCUGCAGAAACUCCACUGUGAAAUUAGGUCAGGUCAGAGUGGCAUUCCCUCAGCUUCAGGUUUCCUUAUUAACAGUAAAUGAAUACAGCAAUUUUUUUAUUUAGGAACUCCCAUUAGAAAUUGUUGCAUGUUGGGACCCACUCGCACCCUCCCCCAUUGUCUAUUUUAGGAACACUGUAUUCAUAACAUAAAAAUACUAAAAUAGCGAGUAUUUAUUGUGUGUAAUGGUAACUACUGUGAAUUUCUACUCUGGAUUACAGAAGUGACAGGCAAUGUCGUAAGAGUAGAAGCAAAGAGGAAAUGUCUGUCUACAUGCUUGUCACAUCUGCAAUCCAAGGGGGAGUAGUUUGAUUUAUAACCUGAAAACAGCAAUCUUUUAAUUUUCGAUUUAUUAUUUUACUCUUCUCUAUCUUAGUUAUUAACACUCUAGGUUCCACGAGAACCAGUAGUCCUUGCGCUCAAAGUGGCCAAUUUUCAAGUGUAAACCCAGGUGGCUACUGUCAACAGUAAGUUUGACGUGGAGACUGGACAACACAGAACUCAGUCCUUCCCUCGCCCAACAUCCACGUGGAAUGACGAUACUGGAUUAUGAUUAGAAGCAGGAUCCCAGACUCCUUCGUUCUCCAGGGAAACUGAGGGAGGCUGAUUAUAGUGCCUUCAUAUGGGCCCAUUUAAGAUCAGCUACCUUAAUGCAGAUAAGGACUAGAGUCUGGGAAUCUCUUAAUGACACAAUAACAUUGCAUUUAUCCAUUAAGAUGUCACUGGAUGCCAAAUCCUUUCUUGGGCUGUGCCCUGCCAUAUGAUGUGCCCGUUCAGAAGGUCAAAAGCCUUGCUCUAAUGCGUCUUUCAAAGCCACAAGCAAUCUAAUAGCUGGACUCAGAAACUGAAGCGUUUUAUUUUAUUGGGUUAAGUUGUUUUUUAAUUUUUUAAAUUAUGUGAUUGUUCUACAACCUAUGAAUUUCCACUAUCACAAGGCAAUCACUCUGCAGUGAUGAUGUCUAUUGCCCACUACUUCACUGAUUGAAGAGCUCACAACAGACUCUACUCCCACUGCCUUCAAUUGGUAGAUAACAGAAUGCUGUUCUCUGGCACAAGAGUGCUCUUCAGAUAAUAAUAAU